UCGUGAGUAAACGACAAUGGGGGCACUGCUGCCUCUUCUGCUGCCUCUUCUGCUGCUGCUGCUGGUGGUGGGAAGCGAGGGGGCGAGGCCGAACUUCGUGCUGGUGGUGGCGGACGACCUCGGCUGGGGAGACGUGGGCUGGGCCCGUGCUGGCCGUGAAGGACGACGAGGAGGAGGAGGUGGCGGUGGAGAACGAGGUGGUGGUGGAGGUGGUGGAGAACGAGGUGGUGGCGGUGGAGGAGAGAGCGAGACUCCGAGCCUGGACGAGAUGGCGAGGGACGGCAUGCGGCUGCUGGACUUCCACGCGGGCGCGUCCUGCUGCUCGCCGUCGCGUGCCGCCCUGCUCACGGGCCGCCUGGGCGCCCGCACCGGGGUGACGCGCAAUUUCGCCGCCGCGGCGCGGGGCGGCCUCCCCCUCAACGAGACCACGCUCGCCACCGCCCUGCAGGACGCAGGCUACAGCACCGCACUCAUCGGGAAAUGGCACCUGGGCCACGUGGGACAUUACCACCCCAACCACCGAGGUUUCCGUUACUACUUCGGGCUGCCCUACAGCAACGACAUGGGCUGCACAGACCACCCAGGCUGCGACCUGCCGCCCUGCCCACACUGCCCCGGCGCCUGGGGCAGCACCGACCAUGCUGGGCGCAACGCCAGUGGCGGCGGCUGUGCAGAUCCUGUGGGGGUUCCGCUCUUUGAGAACGCGGAGAUCGUGGAGCAGCCGGCCAGGCUGGAGACACUGGCCCGGAGAUACGCGGAGCGCGCAGAGUGGUUCAUCCGCCAGCACAGUGCCCCAGGGUCCCCCCCGUUCCUGCUGCUUCUGGCCCCUGCCCAUGUCCACGUGCCGCUGCCGUGGGCCCCGGGCCUGCGGGGCCCCUGGACAAGGGCGCUGAAGGAGCUGGAUGAGACGGUGGGCCGAGUGGUGCGGGCGCUGAGGAGCACCGGCCUGAGCAACAACACACUCGUGUGGUUCUCCAGUGACAAUGGGCCAUGGGACGAGAAAUGUGAUCUGGCUGGGAGCACGGGGCCGUACACGGGCAAGUGGCAGUGUCUCAGAGGCGGGGCGGCAGGCAAGCGCACCACGUGGGAGGGCGGUCACCGCGUGCCGGGCCUGGCGCUGUGGCCGGGCCGCGUGCCGCCCGGCUCCUCCAGCUCGGCACUGCUCAGUGCGCUGGACGUGCUGCCCACGCUGCUGCCCCUGGCGCGGGUGCCCCUGCCUCCCGGGCGCCGCUAUGAUGGCGCGGACAUGCGGCACGUCCUGCUGGGACAGCGGGACACGGGACACACGGUGCUGUUCCACCCAAACAGUGGAGCUGGGGGCGAGUUUGGCGACCUGGACACAGUGAGGGUGGGGCCUCACAAGGUGUUCUUCCUGACGGGUGGCGCCCGGCCGUGCGGAGGGCCGCCACCGGCGCCCCCCGUCCUGCACGACCCCCCGCUGCUCUUCAACGUGGAGACCGACCCCGGGGAGGGGUCCCCCGUGCGGGCCGCGGGGCCGCAAUUCUGGGGCCCCGUCCUGCGGGCCCAGGCGGCGCUGCGGGCCCGGCUGGAGGACAUCGGCUCGGAUCGCGUGUCCCGCGCGGACUACGGCCACGAGGACGACGCGCGGCCCUGUUGCCGGACGGACCUCCCGGCCUGCCGUUGUGACCCCACCCCCAUCGUCACCGUCCGCCAGGUCGUGCCUCCAGUUUGAAUGUUUUAAAAACAAACCCGGGUGAGAACAGCUCAAGAGAGAGACACCAGGAUGAGGAGUCUCAUUCGCAAGAGUUGACCGACCCAGUCGUGGCCACCGCGGUGGUGAGAUGUUAACUACCUCGCCUGGUAUACAGGAGGUCGCGAGUUCAAUCUGGACCCCGACGCCUGCUGUAUUUUUGGAGUCUGCGCGUCGCUCUCCCCGUGGUCGCGUGGAUUUUUCUCUGGGCCCUCCGGUUUUUCCCUCCACAUUUAGAAUCGACAUCACCACGCGUUUAAUAGGACGUCUUCUAAAUUUACACAAGCCACUUUGCUGAGCUAUCAUUUGUGAUAUCCCAGGUUGCUUCUGAAAAAAUAUAGCUCAGUGGGCCUUAUCUGGUAAAAUAAAAAAAAAUUGUAAUACUUUAUAGGGUCACUAAAUUGACAAAAACUAAAUAUGAGCAAGUAUAACGGGAUUUGAAGCAUCAUAGAAAUCGAGAGAGAAAAAAACUGCGUUGCGACGUGAGGAAUCUAAAAUAUUGCACAACCAUAAAUUCAUGCUCGUGAAUGAAUUAAACAGGAAUAUUGUACUAUCCACGAGGGUUUUUUUGGGUUAGAUUGUGGGAAUCUAAAUGUGUCGUUAAACCAGCCACGACCCGAUACAAUUAGUAAGGUUGUGGGUUAGAUCCGGACUACUCUACUACGAUGUAGACGCAGUGUUCUUGACUCAUUUUCAGAGGGGGGGGGCCACAUUCUCCGAUAAGACAUCAUCAGUGAGAGGGCCGCCACACAUUUGAAACUAUUGGGGGUUUGACAGCAGCACGCCAGGGGCCGCCAGUGGCCCGUGGGCCUUGCAGUGAACAACAAUGCUGUAAACAGACGAGGAUGUACGACGUCAAAUGCAAUUUGCAAGAGACAUUAUCACACGGCAUCGACAGCUCCGCGGCAAAUUGCGAUUCAGGUAAUAAUCUCAACGAGUGACGCUAGUUGCCAUCGCACACAGCACUCGCUCGCUCUCGACGAGAGAAUUUCAGAGGCACGAUGAACCACAGACGAGCGGGAAGGUAGCAACAGCAGCCACGCGGUGGAGCCGGCGCCAAGAGCUCACGCAAGCUCUGCGGUCCUCUACAUAUUAAGGUGUUAUCGGCCAAUUAAUGAGUACGUAUGUUGAACUUUUCACACCCUACGUAGCCAACCGUGCUAAUCGGAGGUGCUUACCUGUGGGAGGAAACCGGAGCACACGGAGCAAACCCACGCGUGCAAGGAAGAAGCGCUCUAUCCCAUACAGAUGGAACAGCUGGGUGGAGUCCACAUUUUUACUGUUCCCACCUUCUGGCGAGCCAGGGUAACGGGCGCUCCUCGCCGGCCAUGGGAAGGGAGGUUCACAGCAUCUGUGCGCGCUCCAGGGACGUCUGCAAAGCGAUGGAAACUCCAGGCGUUUGGAUGCGUUUCACAGCCGAGUUGACGGAGGCAAGGCCCGGGGCCCCGUUGAGAUAUUCGUCAAACGAUGUUGGUGGCUGUGAGUGGCAAUCAUCAAGCUCUGGUCGCCGGAGGUUUGUAGCGCGACGCGCUAACCGCUGGCUACACUGUCUCGCACAGUGGUGUUGGAGGGGCGGUGGGCAUGUGUGCGGGGGCUAUGAUUGUAGUGUGUUUGUAAUAAAAUGCACACGUGUGUUUAAAA